UAUUGAGCGCAAUAUUCACAUAGUACUAAAUCAUGUGGUUAGUAUAGAAGAUAUUUUUAGGAAGUCUUGCGGUGGGCGGAGUAGCGACUAACGGCUACCUUGCGUACCGAUACUACACAAACAAAAGCACUUGUUCGUUAGGUGAAAAACAACAAGAUAUCACUCAGGAGAUUGAAGAGAUCGAGGAAGGAAAUUUAGGGAGAUAUCCGAGUCGGAGACGACGACUCUCCGAGAGAAAACGAAACCCAGCAGCAGAAAUUUGUUCGUCGAUUAAAUGACGAAGUUGUGAGCAAAGUCUAGGCACACAGAGACAGAAUUAGACAAGCAGCACUAUUUGAACCUUCUAAAGUUGUUCUCUCAGUAGCAAGGCUGAAUUGCUCAAUUUUAGCCUCAAACUUCGAUGUGUCAAAUCCAGGACCAGUAGAACUAUCUGGAGUAGACCAGAAACAAGCAGCAUAACCUGCAUAUAUUGCAGCAGACCAGACACAAGCAGCAGGACAAGCAUACCCUACAGCAGACCAAGGCACUUGGUUUGCUGCAGGUUAUCCUGGUCCUGUUGAGUCACUAGAAGCAGCACCAGUAGAACCUGCUCUAGCAGCAGGCCAGACACAAGCAGCAGCUUCACAUGAGUAGAACCUGCCUACUAGCAGAGUGAGACACAAGCAGCAGCACCAGUAGAACAUGCAGCAGGCCUGACAAGCAGCAGGAUCAGUAGAACCUGCAGCAGAGCAGACACUUGAAGCAGCACCCGAGUAGAACGCUGCCAGUUAAGACAGUAGAAGAACUAGAAAUGACUUUUGAAGCAGUACUUGCAGCUUAUCUUUUUCAGAACAGAACUGGAGCGAGAAAUCUUAAUUAAAAUGGAGAACACGAAUAACAUGCCAGUAACUUUGACUGUGUUUAUUGUCUCAUUGUUUUUUUCUUACCUCAUGAAUUGGGCAAUUUGAAUAAAUUUAUGAGAAAAUUGUUUACUCAAGCGAUACUAAUUCAUUGAACUUCGUGACAUCUUGUUGUGAAAUGCCAAUAUCGAUGAUCCCUUCCUCUGCUCACGCAUUUGGACGGUUAAUUUUUAACUACAACAUUGAUGACGAGCAUGUUUAACCUAAGGGCACAUUCCGCUGUCUGCACGAGACGAAAGGAGCUAGAUUACGAUGUCUUCUUCCCAAUGUAUCAAGAACAUAAGGACAUGAAGCAGCAAGGAGCUUAUUCAAGAACACCUUUGCUUUCUUUACGAACAAAUGUCGAGGAAAACCGUUUAAGACCUCACACUACUACUGGCAUAGUUCAAGGACUUCAAAACACUAAAAACUUUGGACUUCUUUUUACGCCUCGAAGAAUAUCGUACCGCGUAGAAAGAGCGCUGAAACAUACUGAAAAUGAGAAAGGAUUGUGCUUAUACAAGGGUAAACCUCGACGUAUGGUUGUCACAGAGCGAGGAAUAGUUCAAAAUAUACGGCCUAGCGCCACGGUAAACGAUACAAGUUUGUUUUCUGGAGCGACAAGUGCUUGGCAAGGAGACGACACUAUGUCUUCUUCGAGUCAACAAACCUCAAACUCGAACGGUACUACGUUGACAGAGACAACUGAGAGUUUAUCUUUAAUGCCUGGGGUUUUUCAGGACAAAAAUUCAAAACCAAGGAUAUUUGUUCGCCUUCGACAGCUCUCGUCGCAGGAGAGAGUGAUGGAGUGGUUGUAUAGGUCUUGCAAUCAUCCUUGUAAAACACUGCCAUUAAUAUGAAACCAUAGCGACCAACCAAGCCUAAAUUGCAACAGAAAAUAUAUUAACUGACUAUAACUGACAUGUUUACAGUAUUCACAAGAAAUAUAUAAAUAUUAUAUCAGACUAUAGACGCAAUAGUGAAACCAAGGGUACGGGAAAAACGUUAAAAUGGUUUAAAAUAUUAUGACUCAUAUGGACAAUCAUAAAUGGGAUUCCUGUGGUGUUAAAAUCUCUGGCAUCCCACAUACGAUUAGUUGCGUGACGACACUAAAAGCGGCUGCGGGGGAGACUAACAUAUGGUGAACUUGUAAUAUGCUUUUUUAAAAACUACUAACAGUGUUCUUAGAGAAUAUACUCAUUUGUCUUUCAGAG